CCUAGAUUUGCUCUCUUCCCAGUGUGUGUAUGGAGUUCGGCCAUGUUGGGUGUAUGUUACAGCAGGAAUGUGUAUAUCAACAAAGGGAUCGAACAUAAUAUGUGACUUGUGAUCAAUAAAUCCUGGCUGAUUAAUAGACGGUAUGUUAUUGUAAGUCAGCUAUCAUCAAACAUAACAGGUACUCGAUAUUAUUAUACAGAGUGACAUGUUUAUUAUCAGCGUAUAGAUACUCAGUAUUAUUAUACAGAGCGACAUGUUUAUUAUCAGUGUAUAGAUACUCAGUAUUAUUAUACAGAGCGACAUGAUCAGCGUAUAGAUACUCAGUAUUAUUAUCAGAGCGACAUGUUUAUCAUCAGCGUAUAGAUACUCAGUAUUAUUAUACAGAGCGACAUGUUUAUUAUCAGUGUAUAGAUACUCAGCAUUAUUAUACAGAGCGACAUGUUUAUUAUCAGUGUAUAGAUACUCAGUAUUUUAUACAGAGCGACAUGUUUAUUAUCAGUGUAUAGAUACUCAGUAUUAUUAUACAGAGCGACAUGUUUAUUAUCAGCGUAUAGAUACUCAGUAUUAUUAUACAGAGGCGACAUGUUUAUUAUCAGCGUAUAGAUACUCAGUAUUAUUAUACAGAGCGACAUGUUUAUUAUCAGCGUAUAGAUACUCAGUAUUAUUAUACAGAGCGACAUGUUUAUUAUCAGCGUAUAGAUACUCAGUAUUAUUAUACAGAGCGACAUGUUUAUUAUCAGUGUAUAGAUACUCAGUAUUAUUAUACAGAGCGACAUGUUUAUUAUCAGUGUAUAGAUACUCAGUAUUAUUAUACAGAGCGACAUGUUUAUUAUCAGCGUAUAGAUACUCAGUAUUAUUAUACAGAGCGACAUGUUUAUUAUCAGUGUAUAGAUACUCCGUAUUAUUAUACAGAGCGACAUGUUUAUUAUCAGCGUAUAGAUACUCAGUAUUAUUAUACAGAGCGACAUGUUUAUUAUCAGUGUAUAGAUACUCAGUAUUAUUAUACAGAGCGACAUGUUUAUUAUCAGCGUAUAGAUACUCAGUAUUAUUAUACAGAGCGACAUGUUUAUUAUCAGUGUAUAGAUACUCAGUAUUAUUAUACAGAGCGACAUGUUUAUUAUCAGCGUAUACUCCGUAUUAUUAUACAGAGCGACAUGUUUAUUAUCAGCGUAUAGAUACUCCGUAUUAUUAUACAGAGCGACAUGUUUAUUAUCAGCGUAUAGAUACUCAGAAGUAUUAUACAGAGCGACAUGUUUAUUAUCAGUGUAUAGAUACUCAGUAUUAUACAGAGCGACAUGUUUAAUAUCAGCGUAUAGAUACUCAGAUUAUUAUACAGAGGGACAUGUUUAUUAUCAGCGUAUAGAUACUCGGUAUUAUUAUAAUCUAUAAUGAAUACGGCGUGAGUCUCAUUUUCCUGUCCGUCUGCACUUCUUAAACUUUCCUCCUCUGUCAGUCCUUAUAUUGGCUUCCAGUAAGAAAAUGAGGUGAUAGCGCACAAAGUACUAGGUGUACUUCACUUCGCCAUCAGUAGAUAAAAACCUAUUAACAUAAAACCACCAUAGCGUAGACUGUAUAAAAGAUAAUAUCCGUAGAAUUAAAUAUGGAGAACACUCAUAUUUUUAAGCCUUUAAAGUUGGCUCUGAACUCAGUAGGUGUUAUAUAACCACUCGACGUGUUGUUUAGUCAAUGGGUCCCAUAGGUGUGAUGGAAAUCAGGAAUAUAAUAUUUUAUUACAAAAAUCAAAAUAAAACAAACACACGAUAAGUGGUAAAAUAGAUAAGCACAAGGCGUUUCGACCGUAACUGGUCUUCCUCAGGUGCAUAACCUACUGAGUUAAGAUGGCGGAACUAAAUGGAAAUACCUUACAUGGACUUUGAUCAUCAUGUGUUUUGAAUUGUCUAUUUGUAUGUAUAUAUUAGCAUGAUGUGAACUCGGUAGGUUAUGCACCUGAGGAAGACCAGUUACGGUCGAAAAUGCAUUGUGCUUAUGUAUUUUACCACUUAUUAUUGUGUGUUUGUUUUUUGAUUUUUGUAAUAAAAUAUUAUAUUUUAUCACGGUUCCUGAUUUCCAUCACACUUACAUGACCCAUCGAAUAAACAACACGUGGAGUGGUUAUAUAACACCUACUGAGUUCAGAGCCAAUUUUAAGGGAUCAAAAAUAUGUGAGUGUUCUCCAUAUUUAAUUCUACAGAUAUUAUCUUUUAUACAGUGUACGCUAUGGUGGUUUUAUGUUUAUGUUAAUAGGGUUUUUAUCUACUGAUGCCUAAGUGAAGUACACCUAGUACUUUGUGCGCUAUCACCUCAUUUUCUUCCAAGAUACAAAUAGUCUGCUCUAUCAAUCAGAUGAUGUCAGUACUACACUUCGCCCCAUUCCAUACGUCAUUAAAUGACAAUAGGGAGACCUCACAUCUGAUUGGCCACAAUACAUUUAAAAGUCCCAGAUUUUUAAAAGGCAAGUUUAUCCCCUGACGAAGGUGUUUUAACACACUGAAACGUGCAUCGGGUUUUUGCUUUAUUUAUAUAAUUUUUCACUUUAUUUUUCACUUGGGACACUUUAAAGCACAAGAUGGGUAUUUAGACCCGUUUUUUUUUUUUCUUUCUCUACACUUUGAGUUGUUUGUUAUUAGUUGGUAAUGAUGAUGGGGAUCAAGAUAGACUGCUAUGCCUCUUAGAUUGAGUUCUAGUUUAGAACACCCAUGAAGGUGUUACAGGAGACUUAGGGACCAGCUUUUAGGAUCGUAGACUGGAUUCUGAAUAAUGCUUAUAUGGUUCACUAUAGAGUCUACACCUCUGGGUUGUUCUAACUAGGGGACCAGAAGGGUUACCAUACUAUGGACAAUUCUUUGUAUUGCACAGAAAUUUAAGGCUACUUCACAGUUUAUUAACUUUGGUAGGAUUAGAAUUUACACCAGUACUACUUCAGCACAGCCAAUCCUUAUAUCAACUUUUGGUUCCCUUCCUCUAUAAAUCCCCAUAGGUUUGAGGGAAAUUGUUACUUUAACCCUUGCAAUAGCUAUCCGCUCUGAGGAGUCUACUACUUUGUUGCAUCUGGUUCUUAAAGCGACAGCUAAAUCUAUAACCUAAUAGAACAUUUCGUUAUAAUUAGACCUAUGCAAUAUUAUUUAAGGCAGACAUUACACUGCCAAUUUAUUAUAAGCUAUCCUGGGGGGGGUUCUUUCUGUGUUCCUUUAAUUUUUUUUACUUUUCAUAGAGGAUCAAUAAAGUUAUAUAUGUAAAUAUUUUUUGUUAAAGGGUACAUGCAAACAUAAUUAGAACAAUUGGUACCAUUUUCCCCUUGUUCAAAUACCUACCAUAACCAAUUUAGAGAUAUUUGUUUAUUAUUCCAAUUAUGUUGUUCAUUCAUUAAACUACUGGCACCUUAGAUUACCCUAGUUGGAGAUUCAUCUUCUCUUUCUCAGUUUACUUACAAUUUGGGUCCAAGCCCUAUUGAUGGAGCUUGCACCACCAUCUGACCACACUGCCUUGUACCUAUCGCCUUUUCUUUCUUAGAGGGGGGGUGUUAGUGACAGGUCACUAAUUUUUGUUUGAAUUUUUAUUAUGGCCUGCUUAUAUACGCCCCUCCCCCCCCAGCAAGGGGUCUAUGUUAUUCAUCCCCCCUCACCCUCCUUACAUGAUUCUCCACCAAAAACUCCUCCCUCAUGGUUCCUGGAUCUGGGAAAUAAUUGAGUCUAAAGGACACUAAAUCAAGUAUCUCUCAGAUACAAACAGGCAUGCCCAAACACCCCUGAUCCGAGUUUCCAAGUUCACCAAAUAUCACUCAAAUGCGUUUGGUAAAAUGUGAAUGCCAUCAUGUUAAAGAUCUGACCGGCUGGCCACAAGGCAUAAGCCCAAAUCAAUUCCAUGAAAAUAGCUUCAACAGCCUGCCAUCUUUCAGUAGUUCCUGUUCGCAACUACCGAACGCACCCCCUGUCUCAUAGGCUAUAAAUGCUCUCCUCAUUCGAACGUUUAGACCAAAGGUGUGUUUUGUUUUUUUGUUUUUUUAAGGGAACAAGCCAGGAGUGUUCUCUGUUUGGUAGUUUGUAAAGUACAGAAUUGGGGAAAGUUUAAAAGUUCUGUGAAUAGAGGGAAUAAAAUAUAAAGUUUCUUUACAGUUGCUGAACUGGCCCAUAGUUGAUGGGUAGGAGGCCAGCUUCCACACUCCUCCAGGAACUCGUGGCAAACACAGCUACUAAAAAACCUGGGCAUUUCCCAUAUGUAAUACCUUAGGUUGUCUGCUUUUGCAAAUAGUAUGCCAUCAUGGGGGUAAUUCUCAUUCCUUGGCUACCAUACGGUCUAUAAGGCAACAUAAACAAUCUUAAAAAUGUCAAUGUGAACAAACUCAAAUGCAAGCCUUAUAUUUGACUCUAUAACUUUCUAAAACACCAUAAAACCUGGAGACUGUACUGAACACUAAUCUUAGUAUUAUACACCUAAGUACCUUGAUGUACAUAGUUAGUUUUCUAAUUUUUGUUCGGUAUCCUUUUUUAUGUUGUUGAUGCACGCUACUUUUGAGGAUGUUGGCCUGUGUGGAUGCAGGAUGGUAAUUUAGUCUCCCGACUUGACCUAAAAAGAUGAGGUCCUGUUUUAAGAUUGUUAAUGGGCUUAACCCCUCCCUCGCAUGACCUUUCUCUAGGAAUACUCCUUCUUGUUUUUGCUUUGCUGAGGGUCGGCAAUGCCAAUCCCAUGCGCCCUGUAGAAAAAAUGCAAACUAGCAAUAUUAAUGUGGUAAAUCUUGCUAUUGGAGACGCAUACGGGAGAGAAGUUGUGCCCUUUGCUGAUCAGUCAGUCUACAUUGCACCUAGACCUGUUACUGAGUUAUAUUCCGGAUGUCAUACUGGCGACCCAAUUACUGUACAACCAUGGCUAUUACAGUUUGUUUCCCUUAACGUCAAAUGUUUAAAUACCCUGCACAAACGAAGGCUAGCCCUGGCUGAAGCUAAGAAAAUGAAAACCACAAUUGCUUUCUAUCAGCAAACCCAUUUCCAGAGAGCUCAUCAACCCAAAUUUUCCUCUUGUAUAGUGGCAGUACUUACAAGUGGAAUGUUCCUUCUAGUUUGGACAAGAAGCUCCCCCUUCUUUAAUGAUGAUUGUUGUGCUCCGCCUGCUGUCUCUAUAUAAUCUGCAACUCAGGAGAACUCGAGUUCUUCUUGUCCCAGCAAUGGGAUGGAGAAGUUCCCCUUUGGUCUAGGAGGAGAAUGGUGUGGUCAGCACAGGCUGCUGACCGGGCAGGUGAGUGCCCAAUAGCUCCCCGGGCGGGAGCUGAAGGGCAAUAGUACUUCCGGGUUUCGUGUUCCAGAACGCGACUGGAUAUCAUGCUACUUGUGGCAUGUGAUGAUAAUAUUCCAUAUUAACUAAGAAUGAUUGAUCACUAUUGAGCAAAUCAAACAUUUAUAAAUGUUCACUUGGAGAACUACCCACCUGUAAAGCGGACGCGUGUUACUGGUUUCUGUUGUUCCCAGAAGAGAGGGUCUCUCUGAGCCUGACUGCUUGAGUUCCCCCAGUCGUGUGCACUGAGGAGACAACCAAGCCCCUUGUGACGAAGUGCCCUUCGCCACUCGUGCCUGGAGAGGACUGCUUGCCCGCCUCUUGCCCUGUGACUAUGGCCCCUGGGAUGUAUUGCCCUUUAAAGACAUGAUUUGGGCAUAAUGGAUUUGUGUUGUGCUGCUGCUGGCCCUUUAAGAACCAUCUGGGGACAUACUGUGGAGUUACUGGGUGGCCACCAUUUCCUGUAUCAGAAGCACAUGGUGAGAACAAUGGAUGGCGGCCAUUUUAACUCACAGACACUGUUUGGACUUUUCAACACGGUGCCAUCUCGCCAGUAUUUGGUGCACAGAGACAUCGUGCAGUGGUUUUGGACUAUACAGCAGGGGACACAUUAUACAGUGAUUGUUUUUCAUUUAGCCUGUAUAUGUUCUGCAGAAUCUGCAUUAAACUGUAUUUUCCAAAGUACUGAACGGAUCUGGGUGAAUUUUGGAUAUGUGGUUCACCCAGAUCCCCCGGUUCCAAGGAUAUUUUUAUGGGGUUAUUGCAUGUUUUGGGGUCCCUGUGUGUUUUAUGAAACUGUAUUAUUUCUGGCCAGCAGAUAAUUGAGCUUUGUGUAUUGUAGAAACUCAAUUAUCUAGCCUGGCCCAGAGGAGGAGUUUUGUGUUGCAUAAAUUGUGAGUUCUGUGUGCCAGUAAAUCAGUCUUGUUCCAGCAUUAAGCCUUGGCUCAUGUUUGGGGGAAGGGAUACCUACACUCUGGGGAUUGCUAUAAUCACUUACUCCCCAGAGGAAGCUCUUGCAAUAGCUUGAUUUGUUCCUGUUCCUGCUCUCUGGGGAAAGAGAGGUUCACCCACUGGAAGCUGGAUCCUGGCCUUGGGUCCAGGGUGGGUGGAAACAGCAGAGACCCCGGCGCAGUUGCAUCGCUGGAAGUGGGGUCUGCAGUGCUGAUGGUGUCGGUUGGAGUGCUUGGAGUCCUCAGCGAGCACUAGGAGCAUCGAUUGGCGGAGGUACUCAGUCGGAUUGCCAGCGUUCCGUCACACCCCUCUAAUGGUUAUGUAUACUUAAGCUGAUAUAUCUAGAUACUAAGCUGUUUGAAGUAAAUGCAUGCAACUACUUAAAUGAGAGUAAAACUUAUUUUGCUAAGAUCCCUUUUUGGAUAAUAAAGUCUAGUGUGAAUUCUUAUAUUCAACUUGGUCUCUGUGUGAUUUCUUUCCUAUAACUCAAUGUACUCUAUCCGAACUGGGUUGUGUGCCCGCCAAUAUCGCUAUAAACCUUAGGUAUUGAUUAUUACUUUUUGGAUAUUGGUGCUUCAUGAAUUUAAUAAUUAGGCACAACAUGGCAUCUCUGGGAGUUCCCGGGCGGACCUCCUAUCAAGGAACUAUGCGCACAGCGGUGGAGCACACACCUGGGAGGUUUUGCGUUUCACCAAACACUGAAUCGUGCUACUGCGCAUGCGCAAAACUGUGUUCGCUAUUUUGGCACCAAAUUCAAUUUUUUUUCAUAAAAGCUGUGCAGAUCCUGUCUGACCCCAAGGGUGGGUGUACAGUCCUGGUUCUCCGUGUCACCAGCACUCCUACACAGUUGUGAGGUGGUUAGAGGUGAGGUUUAACUCGUUAAACUCUCCUUUUGUCACCUAUCACUAUCGCAUGCUCCUAUAUCAAUGACUGUUGUUUUUUCCUUCUUCCCAGAUAUGUCCAAUCCUAUUUCUCCGGAUAAGGCAGAUAAAGACAAGAUGUCAGCGUAUGUUCCUAAAAAAAAAAAAAAACCACAACCAAAUCUAAGCACUUAUGUUGUCUGGAAUGUGCUGUUCCUCCACCUGACGGAUGUCGCAAAAAGACAUGCAAUCAGUGUGUGACAGAUUCAUCUGCAUUGUUGGUUCGUCUGUUUCUCUUUUGUUCGCGGAAUUGCCUGUUCCUAUACCCCCGUUCGUGUAAGUUGCAAAAUACCGAUUGAAACUACCGAACGAACGACCACCCAGGAGAGGAGUGUGCUGCUGGUUAACCUAUUGGCCCCAAUUAGAACGUUGUGGUUAACCGCAGACACCUCUCCAUUCCAUUCGUACGGGUGGUCGUCGUUCGCAUGUCGACCACGAGGCAGCGGCCAUUUUGGGACAUACGAACACAGAGCGGUGUUCGGUACAAACUGUAUGGAACUAAAAACGGACACUUAAACUACCGAACACCGCUGAAAAGCUGCUGCCUACCUUCCUUUUCGACAAGGCAUGCGAACGUCGGUCGUUCGGGAGUUUUAUUCAUUCGUAUGGACUUUCACCCCGACAGCCAUCCCAUGGAGUCAUUCGUAUACCGAAGGACUGGUGAAGGACUUUGACUCCAUGGCGAUUCGACUAGAUACAUCAGAUCUGAGCGCUAUUCGGUGAAAACAUGCACUCAGAUCCAGGCUGUCUGGGGAUACGUUACACGAACUAUAUGCAUUCGGUAUUUCUUCAGUUAUGUAUUUUAAUGUAUUUUUAUUACUGUAAGUUAAAAUGGCGAUUGUCUCUACCUUGGGAGAUAAUUAGGUUUCUUCCUAAUUAUCUCCGGGGUAGAGAAGACGGAUUUAUGGGUAAGAUGGGAAGGGCUAUUAUUGAAGCCACUGCGAUUGGCUACUGUCCAAUAUGUUUUACAGUCUUCCACAAGGUGCCCUUGGGGAGUGUCCACCUUGUGGAGACCUGCAUAAAUACCGGACAGGUAGCCCCCAUUAAACAGAUCUUCAUUUGACCCUCAACACGGAGCUUGGUCUCGUUUGUGGGGGAAUUAUUACUGGGACAGCGCUUUCGUUAUUUCUAGCUGUGGAAGGCGUUCGACUGUUUAGCUGAUCGGGAGUUGCCGCGUUCGUGGACUUCGUUCAGGAGUUUGGCGAUCGGCUGGAUUUAAACUGCAUUUCUGGAAAAAGGGAUUAUUGCCUAAACGGCGGCUUCAUCUACCCGACGGUACGUGUCGUAACACAGUGCUCCACGGAAUUGGUAGAAAAAGCCAAGCAGACUGAUAUGUCAUCCUUCCUGUGCUGGUUCCAGGAAAAUUUGUCCCAGACAUUUAAAUCUUUUAAAGAUGCUGUAAAGAAAGAACCGGCUAUUCAGGAGCAGACUAAGAAACGUAGGAGAGAAAGAUCUCCCUCUCUGUCUGAUAUCUCAUCAGGAGAAUGCUCUUCCUCCUCGCCUUCUGAUAUUUCCAGCCUAGCUUCAAGUGUGGAAGAGGGUUUUCCACCAGAGGAGCUUAAAAAAUGUAUAAAAGAAAUGGCGACAGCUGUACGGGAGCCAGAUCCUACCAAGGGUAAGGUUAAAGGUUUACCUAUGCUUCCUAAACUAAUGAAUCUCCUUCAAAGAGAAUGGAAGAUUCCUGAAAGACGGGCGUUUAUUUCAAAGCUUUUUAAACUUAUUUUCAAACUACAGUCUGAAGAGAAAUUGGAGGAUCUUCCCAAGGUGGACAUUCAGAUAGCCCAGCUGUCAAAGAAGACCACUAUACCCAUUGGCAAAGUCUCGGGACUGAAAGACCCAAUGGACAAGCGAGCUGAAACUUUGUAGAAGAAUCUUCCAGGCCGCAAGCUACCAAUGCAGAGCCGAAAUAGCAGGUUCAGCAGUUCUCAGGGCACAGAGCUUCUGGCUCCAAGCCCUUGAAGAGUCUCUUAUGGAAAAGUCUGAUAACGACCCUGCCCAGCUUAUGUUCCUCCUGAAAUUAUCUAACUAAUUUCUCUCGGAUGCCUCUGAUGAGAUUCUUCGUUUAUCCGCCAGAAUCAUGGGUUUGCCAUCAGUGGCCAGAAGAGCACUGUGGCUACGAACAAUGGACAGCUGAUUGAGCUUCUAAGGCAGCCUUGUGUGAACUACCCUUUGAGAGGAACAAGCUUUUUGGCACUCCUUUGGAAGACAUUAUUAGACAAAUGUCGAAAACAAAGAAGGCUCUACCUCUGGAAUCAAGACCCCAAAAUAUAAAAUAUAUCAGUUCAAGGGUUCCUUUCGUAGAUUUCGAAAACAGGGUGAAACCAGCAGUCAGUGGUCUAGACAGGAUCUCAACAGGCAAGACAAGAGAAAAUGUUGACCCCAAGAGAGUAGGACGCCUUUGGUUCUUCGCCCACGAAUGGGAAAAGAUAACAUCAAAUGGGUGGAUUCUAAGAACAAUUUCAGAAGGUUACAGAAUCAAGUUUUCUGCAAUACCACAACCAUCCUUCCUACAGUCAAGCUAUCCAUCAAGAAAGAAAUCGGAGGCACUCCUAGCAGAAGCUCUUAUCCUUUUAAGAAAAAAUGUAGUAGAAAAGGUACCCAAACAAUGGGAAUUUCAGGGAGUGUACUCUCGCCUGUUCUUGGUACAAAAACCAGACGGAUCCUUUCGGCCUAUUCUAGACCUAAAAAAGUUCAACAGCUGCAUACCGUAUCAAAGGUUUCAUAUGGAGAAUAUUCUGUCUGUCACACACAGCUUGCAAAAGGGGUAAUGCAUAGCAAAGCUAGACCUAAAAGAUGCCUACCUCCAUGUUCCGGUAUCAGUCUUCCCGAAAAUUCCUCAGAUUUGCAGUCUUAACGGGAUGGUGAAGAAUUCUCCAUUUUCAGUUCAAGGCUCUACCCUUUGGCCUGUCAUCGGCUCCUCAUAUAUUUACGAAAAUCCUUGCACCCAUAGCAGCAGCUUUGCGUCUAAAAGGUAUCUCUAUACAGGGGGUGCAGAAUUAUUAGGCAAGUUGUAUUUUUGAGGAUUAAUUUUAUUAUUGAACAACAACCAUGUUCUCAAUGAACCCAAAAAACUCAUUAAUAUCAAAGCUGAAUAUUUUUGGAAGUAGUUUUUAGUUUGUUUUUAGUUAUAGCUAUGUUAGGGGGAUAUCUGUGUGUGCAGGUGACUAUUACUGUGCAUAAUUAUUAGGCAACUUAACAAAAAACAAAUAUAUACCCAUUUCAAUUAUUUAUUAUUACCAGUGAAACCAAUAUAACAUCUCAACAUUCACAAAUAUACAUUUCUGACAUUCAAAAACAAAACAAAAACAAAUCAGUGACCAAUAUAGCCACCUUUCUUUGCAAGGACACUCAAAAGCCUGCCAUCCAUGGAUUCUGUCAGUGUUUUGAUCUGUUCACCAUCAACAUUGCGUGCAGCAGCAACCACAGCCUCCCAGACACUGUUCAGAGAGGUGUACUGUUUUCCCUCCUUGUAAAUCUCACAUUUGAUGAUGGACCACAGGUUCUCAAUGGGGUUCAGAUCAGGUGAACAAGGAGGCCAUGUCAUUAGAUUUCCUUCUUUUAUACCCUUUCUUGCCAGCCAUGCUGUGGAGUACUUGGACGCGUGUGAUGGAGCAUUGUCCUGCAUGAAAAUCAUGUUUUUCUUGAAGGAUGCAGACUUCUUCCUGUACCACUGCUUGAAGAAGGUGUCUUCCAGGAACUGGCAGUAGGACUGGGAGUUGAGCUUGACUCCAUCCUCAACCCGAAAAGGCCCCACAAGCUCAUCUUUGAUGAUACCAGCCCAAACCAGUACUCCACCUCCACCUUGCUGGCGUCUGAGUCGGACUGGAGCUCUCUGCCCUUUACCAAUCCAGCCACGGGCCCAUCCAUCUGACCCAUCAAGACUCACGCUCAUUUCAUCAGUCCAUAAAACGUUAGAAAAAUCAGUCUUGAGAUAUUUCUUGGCCCAGUCUUGACGUUUCAGCUUGUGUGUCUUGUUCAGUGGUGGUCGUCUUUCAGCCUUUCUUACCUUGGCCAUGUCUCUGAGUAUUGCACACCUUGUGCUUUUGGGCACUCCAGUGAUGUUGCAGCUCUGAAAUAUGGCCAAACUGGUGGCAAGUGGCAUCGUGGCAGCUGCACGCUUGACUUUUCUCAGUUCAUGGGCAGUUAUUUUGCGCCUUGGUUUUUCCACACGCUUCUUGCGACCCUGUUGACUAUUUUGAAUGAAACGCUUGAUUGUUCGAUGAUCACGCUUCAGAAGCUUUGCAAUUUUAAGAGUGCUGCAUCCCUCUGCAAGAUAUCUCACUAUUUUUGACUUUUCUGAGCCUGUCAAGUCCUUCUUUUGACCCAUUUUGCCAAAGGAAAGGAAGUUGCCUAAUAAUUAUGCACACCUGAUAUAGGGUGUUGAUGUCAUUAGACCACACCCCUUCUCAUUACAGAGAUGCACAUCACCUAAUAUGCUUAAUUGGUAGUAGGCUUUCGAGCCUAUACAGCUUGGAGUAAGACAACAUGCAUAAAGAGGAUGAUGUGGUCAAAAUACUCAUUUGCCUAAUAAUUCUGCACUCCCUGUAGUUCCGAACCUGGACGAUUGGUUCUUGAAAGCCCAAUCAGAACAACUUCUAAGAUCUCAUCUUGAGAUCGCUAUAAAGGUUUUGAAAGAACAUGGUUGGCUCCUAAACCUGAAAAAAGUUGAUUCCUUCAUUGAGUCUGGAAUUCCUGGGUCUUCGGGUGGAAUCAAAGUCCCUGUCUCUUUUCCUUCCAAUAGAGAAACAAAGAAGGAUUUUCAAAACCGUACCAAGACUGCAGAAAAACUCAAGCUCUAUCCGGGAUGCAAUGAGUUUACUGGGCGUCUUCACUUCUGCAAUCCCAGCAGUGGCUUGGGCAAAGGCGGAAUUAAAACCAUUGCAAUGGGACAUUCUUUCUCAAUGGUCCAGAUGACAGGAGGAUCUAGACUCUGUCUUUCACCUAUCUGAAGUGGUGAAGAAACAACUGAACUGGUGGAAAGAAAGAAACAUUUCAAAAGGCCUCUCGUUUGCACAAAAAAGUGGAUUACGAUAACCACAGAUGCUUCCCAGACUAGGUUCUCAGUUCUAUCAAGGUAUUUAGAACAGGGAAGAGGCAAACGCUUCCUCAAACUUCAGAGAGUUGAAAACUGUAUGGAAGGCACUAAAGUCUUUCAGUUCAGUGAUCACCAAUCAGGCAGUAAGGAUUCAGUCGGACAACGCCACUACAGUGGCUUAUUUAAAUCGCCAAGGAGGCACAAGGGUGAAAGCUCUACAAGACCUCUGCUACCGCAUCAUGUCUUGGGCCCAAUCAAGACUUCUCGUGAUCUCGGCUACCCAUAUCAGAGGGUCUCUAAACAUAAUCGCAGACAACCUAAGCAGCAGUCAUUGGUCUCAGGCAGACUGGUCGCUAUCACACCAGGCUUUCUUGGAGUUGGUUACCCGCUUGGGCCUGCAGGAUAUAGACCUGAUGGCCACGAGGAGAAACAGAAAAGUUCAGACUUUUGCUUCUCUCCAAGCACGAGAUUGCCCAGACAUAUUAAACAGUCUAUCAAUCACUUGGAACUUCAACAUGGCUUAUGUUUUCCCUUCAAUAGCUCUUAUUCUAAGAAUUGGUCAGAAGAUAAGAUGGAGGAAGGAGAAUUCUAGCCAUCCUGCCCUUCUGGCCAAACAGGAGUUGGUUUUCAGAAGUGGGAAAACUUGACCAUUUCACGUUGGUCUCUCCCAAUCUCUACAAACGUAAUAGAAUGUGUGACUCUUCCCAUAGAAACUCUGGAAAUGUUUCACCUCAUGGCAUGGCUGCUGCAGGGUUGAUCCUCCAAGGACAUGGUAUUUCAGACCGUUUGUGUGACUUUCUUCUGUCUUCAGUCCGCUUGUCCACGGCAAGAAUUUAUUUCAGGGUUUGGAUGAAGUUCAGGUCCUGGUGUUCCAUUCGGGGUUCGAAUCCUGCCAGAGCAUCAGUCCUGGAUAUUCUUUCCUUUUUGCAGGAUGGGUUUGAAGCCGGCCUAGGGGUCUCUACGCUCAAGGGCAAGAUUUCAGCUCUAAGUCACUUCCUGGUUCGUGACAUUGCCUCAGACUUGCUUAACCGCAGGUUUUUUAAAUCCAUAAGGCUGAAGCGGACUCCCAAGAUAUUCCCUUUCCCUACCUGGGAUUUGUCCUUGGUUCUUCAAGCCCUUUGUGAACCACCGUUUGAACCAUUAGUUCCUAGUGGCUAUCACCUCAGGUAGGAGGAUAGGUGAAAUUCAGGCUCUAUCUUCUUCACCUGAGUUCACCGUUUUUCAUCAAGAUAAAGUUAUCCUGCACCCCAGGCCUUCAUUUUUGGCCAAGGUUAUUUCGAGUACUUCUAUGAACCAACCUAUUAUUCUACCUACAUUCUGCCAGUCUCCUUCAUCGGAUCUUGAAAGAAAGUGGCACCUCCUUGAUGUUAGAAGAGCACUAAAGAUCUACCUUCAGAGAACUCAGGGUUUUAGGACCUCGGAUCAUCUCUGUGUCUCCUUUCCUGGCACUAACAGGGGUUGUGCUGCCUCCAGACCCUCUUUAUCCAGAUGGCUGACCAAUACCAUUAAGUUGGCUUAUCAAUCCAAAGGGACUCUGCUUGGAUUUUCAUUGAAGGCCCAUUCCACUAGGGCUAUGGCAACCUCCUGGGCAGAAAGAGCUGCUGCCUCACCUGAAGACAUCUAGUCAUCAAAACAUGAUUUUCUAGAUGUGUGGCCAGUGUUACACCCGACUGAGCUCUAUUAUACCUUUCACUCUCAUAUACUCAACUCUUACACUAGAACUGAUAGGUGUCUUACUCAAUCAUCACUUAUUCCUAAACUUGAGUCUGCCAAUAUCCUCAUGUCAUGGUCAGAUCAUGUACCUAUCACUAUCACCAGUUGAAGAACAAUGCUCUGGUAGGGGUACUGGGUCAUGGAGACUGAACAAUACCAUUCUCUGUGAUCUACACAUAACUUCCCAAAUCGAAGAUGACUUAGUGUCCUAUUUUCACACCAAUAACAUACCAGAUUUGACCAUAUGACUCCAAUCUUAUCUCGAUGUUUUGCUUGCCCACAAAGCAGUUCUUUGAGGAUUAUUUAUAAAACAUUAGUUAUGCCAAGAAAAAAGAGAUGCUCAAUACACCCAAUUUGGGAUUAAGAACAAUAUUGUGAAUAUGAUAUAGACAUAAAAAUUGUGUAAUACAUUCACAAAAUUGUACACUAUUUAUGUCUAUAUCAUAUUUACAAUAUUGUUCUUAAUCCCACUAACAGGUUUUUUUAACAUAAUUUUAAUUAAUAUUAAGUAUAAUAUACAAUUACAUACUCAUGUAACACCGCUGUUUGUGAGAUUUUAUAUUACACAUUUAAUUAUACUUUCGUUUUGUUUGAUUGGUAAUGUCCUAUAUUUUUAAUAAAGUUAGAAUUUUAGCAUUCGCGUUCCAUGCUGGAAAGCACAUGCAUGCGCGGAGGGUUGCUAGGUGGCACUUGGUGGAGUGACCUCUCCCACUUUGCGCAUGCAACAAGAAGCGCCUGCAUGUGCUGCGGGUUGUGAGGUGACAUUGCUUUGCGUGACGUCUUCACAUAGUGUCUCUCCCUCACUUUGCGCAUGUGCGCUCACCAGAAAGCAGCACAAAUUAAUGUAUUUAAGACACCGAGAUACAGGAAGAUAUACAAGCUCUUGAAAAAGUUGCAAGACUAAACACGUUGAGCAGUUUUUGAGCAUCCCAAAGAAAUAGUGUCUACAGCCUACAACUGAUACCUGCAAGUCAGAGAAAAGUAUUAAGCUUCUAGUUCUUUUGGUAUUUUAGGACUGGUGAAAAAAAACAGACCGAAAUCCUGAGGUACCACUGGCGGAAAACUACCCUAUGGGGACUUAUCCCUGUUUUGUGGCUGAAAUCUCAUAUGCACAGACAGAUGUAUUUCUCUAUGUGCCACUUGAUUUGUGAGUGUAUCUCUGCUAGUUUUUUUUAUCCUUUUUGUUAUAACAUUAAAUACUUCACUAUGUAUGUUCUCUUAUGUUUUUAUUCCUUGCCUUAUUCUGCCGUCUGAAUGGUAAAUAUGUAAACACACUUGAUAUUGUGGCGCCCUCACGUGUAUAUGUUUAAAACUAAACUUUUUCUGUUGGUUAUAUUGAUCCCUUUUUCUGAGUGGCAAGCCUGCACCUCCUUAUUGCACUUUUUUCCCUAAGUACUGUUUUAAUAAGUGAGAGGGGUAGACUGGGUUUAUAUAGGGGAGAGGUAUCCGCCUCUCACAUACUAUUGGUUGGAAAGUGAUUAGUCCCUUUAACCCCUUAAGGACGGUGGGCGUUCUUGCCGCCCACAUGGCCAGGUGCCAUUAGCCCGCUGCAGAUCGUGGUCGGGGGUCAUGCCUGGCCACCCAGGCAGCUCCCCUGUGCCCAGUGACCGUGGUCUGCAGUCUCUGAUUGCAGUGACAGGCUGUCACUGUGAUCAGUAUUUACUAUGUGUCAACUGAUUUAAAAUCGGCUGACACACGUUGCUGCAGCAUUCUCCUGCUGCAGUUCGCAGUCGGUGGACAUGCCUGGUCAGUGACCGCGAUCUGCACAUUCUAUUGGCUGACACAUGUAACUGCAGCCAUGAUCCGCUGACACUGACUCUGCCCCUCCCCUGCUCUCUUAACCCCUUAAGGUUAAUUACAGUUAAAAAUUUUAUAUAUAUAUAUAUAUAUAUAUAUAUAUAUAUAUAUAUGUAACGGACCGUUUUGCACACAAGGGGUAAAAACCGUUUAGGCCAUCGGCCCCCUUUCCAGAGAUGCAGGCACAGCUACUGCAGAACACCAAAACCGCCAAACAGGAAACCAUAUGAAUGCUGUAAACAGCCGAAUAGGAAAAAACCAUACGAAUAGGUUUACAUUCCUAGCAGUCAAACUGGAACAGCAUACAAUAAAUCCCCCCAAUAACGAGACGACACUUCGUUUUGAGGGUUAAGCAGAAUCUGAGGUGCUGGCACACCAGCCUGGUUUUUAUUACAGUGUUUUCAAAUACAGGACCGCCCACAGGGAGGUAUAAAACAACCAAUAACAUCACAGUUACAUCCCACAUAUUCCCUCCCCUUAUCCUGAGAGGAAACUCAAUUAUACAUACAGUUAAAACAUACUUUCUACCCAACUUUCAUAACUCCAAAACCAUACAUCACAUUCACAUAAAAUUGCAUAUUCACAAUCAAUCCAUUCAGGGGAACAACAUAUUCAAAAAUGGCACAAAUCAGACAAGGGGUUCAAAAGUUAGUAAAAGUCCUUUGUGACUAAAUGAAGCAUGGCUUUCUGGCCCAAACCAGUUUCAGAGUCUUCUAUCCUGGAGAUAAGUAAUUCAAUUAUCUCCCAGGACAGACACAAGACUCCAUUAAGCACAUGGUUUCAAAGAGACACAAAACACUUUAAAAUACAUAAAGUCACAUUUAUUACAUAAAACACAGACAUGUAACAUAUCCCCAGAUAGCUCAGGUCCGAGCGCACAUUAUUAAGCGAAUGGCUCUCAGACCACACGAAUACAGUUCAAUCGCCAUGGAGCCAAAGUCUUUACAGUCAGUUUCAUACGAAUGGGCUCCAUGGGAUUCCUAUCUGGGGUGUAACACAUUCAAACAAAUCUACCGAACCCCAGGCAGAAAAGCACAAAUGAAGCUAUUCUGCAGGUAAAAAAAGAUGUCUUUUAACAGGGGGCCAUAGUCCAAAGGCAGCAGGCGAGCAACCAGGCUUCUCCAAUGCAAUGUGGCGAGAUUGGUCUCGUCACAAAAUAUAUAUAUAUAUAUAUAUAUAUAUAUAUAUAUAUAUAUAUAUAUAUAUAUAUAUAUAUAUAUAUAUAUAUAUAUAUAUAUAUAAUAUGUAUAUAUUUAUAUAAUAUGUAUAUAUUUAUGUAAUCAUUUUACAUAAUUAGGUCAUUUUAUUAAUUACAAUUAGCGGGACCUGCCUGACAACCCAUGCCAAAAGUAAAGGGAAUUUAAUUUGCUAGCACUAUAUUUAACCCUAUAACUUUCCAAAACACCAUAAAACCUGUACAUGGGGUUACUGUUUUACUCAGGAGACACUGCUGAACACAAAUAUUUGUGUUUCAAAACUGUAAAAUGUAUUACAACGAUGAUGUCAGUGAAAGUAACUUUUUUUUUUUUGCAUUUUUAAACAAACGGCACGUACACUGACUAUUAUUGCUGUAAUACUUUUUACUGUUUUGAAACACAAAUAUUUGUGUUCAGCAAAGUCUCUCGAGUAUAACAGUACACCUCAUGUACAGGUUUUAAGGUGUUUUCAAAAGUUAGAGUCAAAUAUAAGGCUUGCGUUUCCGUUUUUUCACAUUGAAAUUCGCCAGAUUGGUUACGUUGCCUUUGAGACCGUAUGGUAGCCCAGGAAUGAAAAUUACCCUCAUGAUGGCAUACCAUUUGCAAUAGUAGACAACCCAAGGUAUUGCAAAUGUGGUAUGUCCAGUCUUUUUUAGUAACCACUUAGUCAAAAAACAGUGGCCAAAAUUGGCUUUCAAAUUAGCUUUUUUGCAUUUUUCACACACAAACAAAUUUUAACGCUAACUUUGGCAAGUGUUUGUGACCAAGUGGCUACUAAAAAAGCUUUCCUAUGGGGAAAAAAUCUGACACUGGAGGUCCUCAUGCAGAAAGUGAGGACAUCCAGCGUCGGAUACCAGACAAAAAGAAGAGAACCCAAGGUAUUGCGUAUGGGGUAUGGGGUAUGAGUGUAGCAGGAACAGAUCUUAUAAGAAAUAGUGAUUAUACUCUGGGGAGUGUUAUGAUAUCGCAAUCCCCAGAGUGUAUGUAGUUCUCAAAUCCCCCAAACAUGAGCCAAGACUUCAUGAAGGGGUAAAGAAUUCUGUUUUAAUGGUAGCCACACUGGCCUUUUAUGCAAGUCCCCAUGCAAGGGUGACACCCACAUACACCUUGCUUGGGGACUUGUAUAAAAGGCCAGCUGUGGCUUCCAUUAAACAGAAGGCUUUAACCCUUCAUAAAGUCUUGGUUCAUGUUUGGGGGAUUGGAGAACUACAUACACUCUGGGGAUUGCUAUAUCACAAUACUCCCCUGAGUAUAAUCACUAAAUCUUCUAAGAGCUGUUCCUGCUAUGCUCUCUGGACUAGGGGAGGCCUACCCACUGGAAGUUGGAUCCUGGUCUUGGGUCCAGGGUGGGGUGGAGGAUGGCGAGACCCCAACCAAGCUGCGGCGGUUCGUGGGGUUUACAGUGGUUAUGGUGCUCGGAAGCAGAGAUUGAUGGAGGUACCCGGUAGGUGUGCUAGGCAGUGCGUCAUAGCAACAAUGGGCGAAAAGCUUUAGUGGCUUUGAUGGCCAUAUAUCAUACAUAAGAGUUUAAUGAGAUAUAAGAUAAACGGUUACUUACAUAUUUAUGCAGCUCUUAGGAUGAUGAUAAAUACUUAUAAUUAGCCUGGAAGAACAAGAUUGAAGGCAACGGCACAUGCUAGAAUAAUUGUAGAAUAACAAUAAUAUUAGCAUAAGCUAUAACUUUUUAUUGCUUAAUGAACAUGACUGCAUGAGAUAAACUGAACGCAUGUGGAUCGUAUGAAUAUGACAGUAAAAGUAAUUACAAUACCUGGUCGAGUUGCAAUGCGGUCGAACACGAUUGAAACAAGUUAGUGUAACAGAGAAAACAUGCUGACUGCAGAUGGCAGAGAUGUGAACCGUUUCUAAACUGCUGAUGAGGAACCUGAGUGUUAGAACGUGAAGCAAACUUCUGCAGGUUUGAUGUGCAUCAGCAGCUGAAUGUGGCCAGCAAACAAAGAAAACAUUUAGUUUUCAAAUACCUGCACCAUGUGUUAGAGGCAUUAUAGGGCUACAGAAUUUUGCUGGCGCUAUAUCAUUAAAAUAAUAUUAAACAAACUGCAAAUUAGCGAAUGACCAGUAGAACAAGUGUACGUGCAUACAGUAGUUAACAGACCUAAUUACGCCUGGCAAUUUUAAAGUACAAGUCACUAGGCCUGUGCGGCAUUUUCCCAGAAAUGGCUAAAACAAUGUAAGUGGUGACGGACAGUGAAAUAAGACAGAUUAUCAUCAAGGCAGUACUAUAAAGGCUAACCACAUGUAUAGGGCCAAAUUUGGACUUGUCAUCAAUUUAUCAUGUAUAGGCAUAAGUUUGGGCCUGACGUCAUUAUGACCGACAUAAUAUUAAAGUAUGUUUGACUAGGCUUGUGUGGAGCACAGAAAGGCUAAACCAACGUAAGUAGUGAAAUAAACAGUAAAAUACCCUUCCCACAAUUCCAGGCUUCACCCACAAGUUCAACCUGCUAUAUAUCUCAUCUCUUGCUUAUUCAUCAUGAUGUUUCAUAGACCUAUUUCUUAUCUUUGAUGAAAAUAGUGUCAGUUUUUCUAUGGUAAAGUGGUAAGUAUGGUAAAUAAUAAAUUUAUUAUUUACAGAUUUUAUUUAACUCAGAGUAUGUUUCCACAUUUCAGGUCAAACCAGUUAUUUACUACAAUUUCAAUAUCACAACCUUCUAGUAUAAGUGGUAAAGGCAGAGCGAUAUACAAAGAGUAGUAGAUACAUGGAGCAUGCCUCAAGUGAAAGUGGUUAAAAACUAAUAGAUGUAUAGAAGAGGUAGUAGAUACAUGACACAGCCUUCCAGGGUUAGAGGUAGGGGGAUAACAGUGAAAUUAUGUACCGCACGUGCUAUACACAGUGUGUAACUUGUUCCUCUAGUACAGGGGUUCUCAACCCAGUCCUCGGGACCCCCUACCAGUCCAGGAUUUGGGGAUUACCUGGGUGUGUCUAAGGUGUUUAGAAAAAAAAAAACACCUUAGAGUCUAAGGCUUAGACUCUAAGACGUUUUUUGUUUUUUUUUCUAAGCACCUUAGACACACCCAGGUAAUCCCUAAACCCUGGACUGGUAGGGGGUCCUGAGGACUAAUGUUGAGAACCCCUGCUCUAGCAUAAAUGCAGAUAUAUGAGGCUUUAUGGACUAACUCAUAUUUUGCAAAGCAAAUUAAAGGAAAAGGGGGUAUACUCCAUUUCACUAGUGAAGGGGUUAAAGAACACAAAAUACUUUCUUGUCAAUCACCAUGACACCUGAUGGUCAUAUUUCUAAUCUAUUACGGUAAUAUUGUAAGUUUUUAUAAGUAUGGCAAUAAUAUAUAGUGACCGAUUUCCUUUAACUCUCUGUGUAAUUCUUUCAGGUUUAUGUGUCAGGAGUGGUUUUACUGAAAGAGGUGACAGGAAUACAUGAAGAAUGGCUAUGAAGAAAUCUUUUAAUAACAGAACCAAGGAGUCUAACUCUGAAAAAUCAAGCAUUUUCUCAGAUUCCUAUAUGUUCUCAAAGGAAACAGUAAACAUAAACCCCACCCCUUUCUCAUGUUCUGAAUGUGGAAAAUGUUUUGGCAGUAAAGAAGCUUUUGUUAUACAUCAGAGAACUCACACAGGAGAAAAACUGUUGUCAUGUUCUGAAUGUGGAAAAUGUUUUAACAAUAAAACAAAGCUUGUUAGUCAUCAGAUAACUCACACAGAAGAGAAACCGUUCUCAUGUGCGGAAUGUGGGAAAGGUUUUAGCCGUAAAAGAACUCUUGUUCUUCAUCAGAGAACUCACACAGGAGAGAAGCCGUUCUCAUGUUCUGAAUGUGGAAAAUGUUGUAGGGAUUACUCUGCUUUUGUUAGACAUCAGAGAACUCACACAGGAGAGAAACCGUUUGGAUGUUCUGAAUGUGAAAAAUGCUUUAGCCGUUACUCAAUUCUUGUAAUACACCAGAGAACUCACACAGGAGAGAAACCUUUCUCAUGUUCUGAAUGUGGAAAAUGUUUUGGCAAUAAAACAAAGCUUGUCAUUCAUCAGAGAACUCACACAGGAGAGAAACCGUUUGCAUGUUCUGAAUGUGGAAAAAGUUUUAGGGAUCACUCAAUUCUUGUUAUUCAUCAGAGAACUCACACAGGAGAGAAACCUUUCUCAUGUUCUGAAUGUGGAAAAUGUUUUGUCAGUAAAACAAAUCUUGUCAUUCAUCAGAGAACUCACACGGGAGAGAAACCGUUUGCAUGUUCUGAAUGUGGAAAAAGUAUGAGGGAUCACUCAAAUCUUAUUAAACAUCAGAGAACUCACACAGGAGAGAAACCAUUCUCAUGUUCUGAGUGUGAAAAAUGCUUUAGCCGUCACGCAAGUCUUGUAAUACACCAGAGAAUUCACACAGGAGAGAAACCUUUCUCAUGUUCUGAAUGUGGAAAAUGUUUUAGGGAUCUCUCAAAUCUUAUUAAACAUCAGAGAAAUCACACAGGAGAGAAACCAUUCUCAUGUUCUGAAUUUUAAAGAGAUUUUUCUGUUAAACCUAAUCUUGAUAGACAGGUGAAGUCUCUUAAAAUGUUAUAAUGUACAUAGGUUUACAUAGGAAUAAAAUGUCUUGUAUUGUGAAUUUUUCUCAUACUGACACAAUAAACAGUAACAGUGAUAGUAGCAGUCAAUGUACAUAUGAUGCAUUGGUAUUGUGGCGCCCCCAUGUUAUCAUCUGGGGGUGCCUAACCUGAAACGCUAACUCUCCUCUACUUGGUAGCUAACUUACAGGCAACAAGGAUACAACUCAACAUACAUUGUGGUUGUAUGUUCUGGCUGUUACAGAAUAUACUAACUAGCCUGUUCCACUGGUAAUACACUUCAAUGAAUAUGGUUCCUUAACCUAACUUAAAAUUGCAUGGUUUCCAACCAAGAACUCCACAAAGAGACAAGACACGCUUCUUGCUGGCAACUUGUAGGAUCAUUCUUUCUGAGCUUCAGCUUUUAUUAAAAACCACAGCACACAAAUGAAAUGUAUUUACAAAUUAAAUAUGAAUUGGGAUAGGAGACCAGAGCUCUGACUUAGGGAUAUUAAUUAGGUUGAGUUAAGUAUCCCCCAUGGUCCUCUAUUCUUAUCCCAGGACACAGUAACUUUGGACAUUCCAAGAGAAAUCGAUGUUAAUACAGACUUCAUGCACAUUUUAGGUUUACUUCUAAUUCUCAAGGUUUUUUUUAUUCUUAGGGCAUACAAUGCAGCUGAAACUAUAACUUCAUACAUAGGAACUGAUAGGCCCUACGUAGACAUCUAGUAUUAAUUAUAGGGUGUAUGUCUUAUGGACAUAGUCUAAAUUAGAGGGGCAAAGGUUUAAAAAUAAUAUCAGGAAGUAUUACUUUACUGAGAGGGUAGUGGAUGCAUGGAAUAGCUUUCCAGCUGAAGUGGUAGAGGUUAACACAGUGAAGGAGUUUAAGCAUGCGUGGGAUAGGCAUAAGGCUAUCCUAACUAUAAGAUAAGACCAGGGACCUAAUGAGAGUAUUUAGAAAAUUGGACAGACUAGGUGGUUCGAGUGGUUCUGUGUAUGUCCAUUGUAAAUCAAUGGUCAGCACAUAAGGUUCUUGUUCAGAUAGAUUGAUGAAGGCCCUCUGUUAUUAUACUGGAAAAAAACAGACUGUGCCAAAUUAGAAACACUAGGUAAUCAUAUACAGAUAUUAUAAUAUAUUAGAUAUAUACUAGAUAUACUAUACUAUACAUAUACUAGAUAUUAUAAUCAAGUAUUUCUUAUUUGGUGCAGUUUUUUUUUUUUCUGUAUUUCUUCCUUGUUCCUCUUGGGUUAUUAGUGUAUCAAAUCAACAAACCUUUGGAGUUAGUGCUGUAUCCUCCCAUUCUUUUUCCCCGCUGUUAUUAUAACCUUUGACCCGUCAUUGCAGGCACAUUCCAGGCAGACUCCCAUGUGUAUUAAGAAGAGCCUCUUUCUGAAUGUUUAAUUUAACCCCUUAAGGACCAAGCUUCUGGAAUAAAAGGGAAUUAUGACAUGUCACACGUCAUGUGUCCUUAAAGGACCACUAUAGUGCCAGGAAAACAUACAUGUUUUCCUGGCACUAUAGUGCCCUGAGGGUGCCCCCACCCUCAGGGACCCCCUCCUGCCGGGCUCUGGGGAGAGGAAGGGGUUAAAAUCUUACCUUUCUCCAGCGCCGGACGGGGAGCUCUCCGCCUCUUCUCCUCCUCUUUGGCUGAAUGUGCAUGCGCGGCAGGAGCAUAAUGCUUUCCUAUGGACGCUUGUGUCUUCUCACUGUGAGAAGCACGCAAACGCCUCUAGAGGCUUUAGAGGCUGGAUUAACCUAUUUAUAAACAUAGCAGUUUCUCUGAACUAUGUUUAUAAAAAAAUUGGUUAACCCUAGCUGGACCAGGCACCCAGACCACUUCAUUGAGCUGAAGUGGUCUGGGUGCCUAGAGUGGUCCUUUAAGGGGUUAAACAUAUAUAGUAAAAUCCUUUGUGCAAAUUAUAUUUUACUCCCUAUGAAAAUAAUGUUCCAUAUUAAUUAAGAAUGAUUGAUCACUAUUGAGCAAAUUAAACUCUUAUAAAUAGUUAAGGUGGAGCCGGUAAGCACAUAAGCACACACAGGCAGUAUCACUAGAUGCAGGCCUGGAUGCCACAGCUACUAAUACACAGCACUGAAAAUGUUAAUAAAACCACAAAACACAGCAUCAGAAUGACUCAUGCAUACCAUCACAAGAUAAUUAUUAGUACAUAGCUAGCUUUUUGCUAAGAGAUAAUUAACCGCACAGACCUGGCAUGGCAUUGUUGGUGGGCCUGGACAGCCAGGCCGGCUGCUGGUCCCAUCCAUCGCUUUUCCAAGGUCUUUGCUGGGCUGCACUAAUAAGGAGACUUGGUGGAAAAGUACAGACUAUACAUCCAAUUGGUAACUCUGUGCUAAAAAACAGCAUAAUAGAUGAGAAAACUUGGCACUCGCUUGGAGUACUACCCACCUGUAAUACGGACGCGUAUUGCUGGUUCUGCUGAUUCUCAGAAAGAGAGGGUCCCCUUCAGGCCUGACUGCCAGAAGUUCUCUCAGUCGAGUGCAGCAACUUUCACUAAUGGUGAUGCAUAAUUUAAACUGAAUAUCUAGAUAAUUAAGCUUCCUUUAAGCUGAAUGUGCACUAUAGAUUAAAUGUUAUUACUUAUUAAUUAAGUCUCUC